AUGAUUUCAUUUGAUUUAGCAGACGAACGAAACCAGACACUAGACCCACUACUUUCAAAUCGUCGGCAAGGAUCACGUUUUAAUAUUUAUAAUACUUCAGGUUCCAAUCUUCAGCCAUCUCCAUUAACUUUUGAACCUGGCCGUCCUUUACAUCGCAUGAUUCGUACGACGCCAAUUGGCACACCUAAAUCGCCCCAAAAAAUAUCCAUUGUUCAAUCAACUUAUAAUAGUGCUAAUAAUUCACCGACAACAAUUCACGAUCGUUACCAUUCUGGUUCGGCUAAUAAUAGCAAUAAUAUUAAUGGUGGCUCUUAUUCACCUACUCGUAAUCAACAUCAAUUUAAGUUAAAAUUACAGCAUGAAGAUUCCAAUGAUUCCUGCACUGGUUCACUUGGAUUGCGUUUACAAAAGUCUGGAUCAAGUUGCGGAUCAACUGAUGAUGAUUUAGAUUUAAAUGAUGCGAUUCAGUUUAAUAAUUUACAAGAUUUAUUACCAGUUGAUAUACCUGAUGUCACAAUUUCCAUAUCUGAUAGCCCCUACGGUAGUACUGAUGGUUUAGAUAAACAAUAUGCAUCCGAUUUAAACGGAGCAACUGAAUAUAAAAGAUUGCCAUCCAAUGCAUUCUGGUCUUCAGUACAACGUAAUUACAACAAAGUUUUAUCGAAAUCUUCUAAUAAUUCUUUAAAUAAUUGUAACGGUGCCUCGAAUCUUAGUCAAGAUUAUAGUAAUAAUCAUACAAACUCUACUGGUAAUAACGCUAGUUCAAGAGGUACCAAUAACCUUCACCAUCAACGCCAUUUUUCUAAUAAUCAUAAUAGUACCUUAAAUCAUUCAGGCCAUCAGUCUGAUUAUUAUAAAAAUGAUUACAACGACUUAAAAUGCAAAUGCUUCUUUCUUUGCUGUGAGAAAGCUUUAAAGUAA